AUGUCCAUCUUUAACAAAGAUAAAGAAGAUGCCACAGUCUCGCCCGUCAGGGUUCAGACCCCUCAGGAUUUACAAGAGGGUUUGAUGGCCGAUAAUGCUGACAACCUCCAACGCCACCUUGGUAACCGCCAGAUCCAACUUAUGGCCAUUGGUGGUUCAAUUGGAACUGCCUUGUUCGUGAGUAUUGGAACUGGUUUGUAUCAUGGAGGUCCUGGUGGCUUGUUCCUUGCCUUCUCGAUCCAAUGUAUUUUCUUGGCCAUGGUAAAUAACUGCCUUGCUGAAAUGACUACCGCCUUCCCCGUCAGUGGAGGUUUUAUUCGUUUGGCUGGUAAAUGGGUAGACGAUGCACUGGGUUUUAUGGUUGGCUGGAAUUUCUUUUUCUACGAGGCUCUUUUGAUUCCUUUCGAAAUCUCGGCUUUUACACUUGUUGUUUCCUUCUGGAGCGAUAAAGUCACUGAAACUGGUCCAAUCGCCGGUAUCACUGCUGCACUCAUUAUCUGCUAUGGUUUCCUCAACAUCUUGGCCGUGAAGGCAUAUGGUGAAGCUGAAUUUUGGCUGUCUGGCGGUAAAGUCGUUCUUAUCUUCUCCCUGUUCUUCUUCACUUUCAUCACAAUGGUGGGAGGUAACCCUCAACACGACGCCUUCGGCUUCCGCUACUGGAACAACCCAGGCUCUUUCAUGGAAUAUCUUGAUACUGGCAGUCUCGGUCGAUUUGAGGGAUUCCUCGGCUCGCUCUGGUCGGCUUGUUUUGCCGUUGUCGGUCCUGAGUAUAUUUCAAUGGUCGCUGCCGAGGCUAAGCGUCCCCGCAUCUACAUCAAAAAUGCCUUCAAGACUGUCUACAUCCGGUUUGGUAUCUUCUUCAUGGGUGGUGCCCUGGCUGUUGGUAUCAUCUGCUCUUGCCGUGAUCCAGCUUUGACCGCCGUUGUUGAGGGCACAAGUUCUAGCGCUGGAGCGGGUUCGUCACCAUAUGUCAUUGGCAUGAAGAACAUGGGCAUCACCAUUUUCCCGCACAUUGUUAACGCCCUGUUGUUGACUUCUAUCUUCUCGGCCGGUAACACCUACACCUACUGUGCUAUUCGUACUCUGUACAGUUUGGCACUAGAGGGCCGAGCUCCUCGCGUCUUGACCAAGACGACUCGCAACGGUGUUCCGAUCUACUGCUUCUGCGUCGUGAUGAUCUUUCCCAUCCUAUCCUUCCUGCAGGUUUCGAACAGCUCUUCCAUCGUCAUCACUUGGUUCGCCAACCUUGUCACAGCAGGCGGCCUGAUCAACUACAUCGUGAUCACAAUCACCUACAUCGCCUUCCACCGUGCCUGCAAAGCCCAAGGCCUAGACAGACGCUCCCUUUCCUACUUCGGCUGGUUCCAGCCUUACUGUGCCUAUAUCGCCCUGGUCUGGAUGUUUAUUGUAACAUGUGUCUACGGCUACCCAUCUUAUAAGCCCUGGUCCACAUCAACCUUCUUCUCAGACUACACAAUGCAGCUCUUCAUUCCGCUCCUCUACCCAAUCUGGAAGAUCAUCAAGAAGACUUCUAUCGUCAAAUCCACUGAAGUGGAUCUUGAAUGGGAACGUCCUUUGAUCGAUGCGUACGAGGCUAGCUUCACUGAUGAGCCUGUUGGUUUCUGGAGGGAAUUGGGCCAGAUGGUUGGUUAUCGCCGUAUCAAGGGCGGCAAUGAUAAGCGGGCUCCUCCUACGCAUACCGCUGGGUCUGUCGGUAGUGCAAAGGAUUCUCCUGCUUGA